AUGGGCAACGUGGUGUCGACUUUUAAUCAUAUCGAUAAGACCGGACCGGAAUAUCUUCGACUUUUCCCUCCAAUACUGCACACUCAGAACAAACAUCUACUCAAAGGAGGCCCGCUCGCACUCUAUAGCUCUGCCUUUCUCAUAGCCUUCCAAGGUUUCUUCCUCCAGUUGACCUUCUGGGGCAUAUAUGCUGGUCUCGUCGGCUUUUCAAUGAAGCGCAUGAUGGACCUUCAUUACUUGUCUCUGAUGUUUGUAUUAACAUUCAUACUGCUCACCAUUCACUUUCUUUCCGACCUGGAACUGAAUUCCAGUAAGUUGAUAUUCUUCACGCAGCAUGUUGGGAUCGAAUACCUCAUCGCUGUUCGAGUGUUACUGCCGUCGUCUUUUGUUCGGCGGUGGAUGGGCUAUAUCUUCUUCUUCAUCUGGCUGUUGAUCGUGGGGGCGACUUGUGUGAUUGUUAGCAAUCAUGCUGUUUACUUUGCUAUUGUAAUGGCAAGCCUAUCGGAUACCUUAAUAUCGGUCUGUGGGCUGGUGUUGAUAGGCAGAAGGCUGAGGCAAAAACAAGCGACUCAGUUUACCGCCCAAAAACUGACCGUCGAGGCUAUAUCUGGCCUUGGUUUCUUGAUACAUGGUCUCUCAGCUGUUCCAAAUACCGUAGCCGUAGUCCUGGUUCUUAAGACGCAGGACCCAUCUUAUUACUUUGGAUUGAUAUGGACUGGAAUAGCCAUGGCCAGCUUGUUCGCUGCUGGACUUCAGGUACCCGUAGCAGCCAUGUACUUUGAAAACAUCAGCUGUUGCUGCAGGCGCCGACGAAAGACGUUCCCGGGAGAUAUUGGCUGGGAAGAAUCAGAGGAUCAGGAAGAAAUGGUAAUACUUGAGAAAGGUAGGGUGGAUUUGGAGAGAAGAAACCAUCUUGGGACGAGUGAUCAGUCACUGGUACCACCAAACCAUGUGUGCGCUGCUUAUCACUUACCACUCAGAGCUGUUUCAUCACAACCACAAAGAUAG